AUGUAUUAUAUUGAGUGCAUAGAUCAAAUAUUAUCAUACGAUCGACAUUAUUUGUAUAUAACAUGCAGAUAUUUUCAUGAUUAUAUUGAUAGUAAUCCGGAAGAAAAUUCAAUCCAUUUAGAAUAUGAAUCAAUUACAGUUAAAGAGGUUUUAUCAUUUGCAUUUACGGGUAUAUGUCAAAUAAGGUAUUACGGUGGAAGUUUGAAUUCCAAUGAUUUUGCUCAUUAUCAACAAUUUCUUGCUUGCUUAAAUUUAUUAAAACCAUUAAUGUAUCAGGAAUUGUUGCAAAUGUAUGAUGAUGAUUUUUGUCGCAUCUUUCAAAAGCUAUGUAAGACAGCACGGCCACCAUGUGAAGCUAAUACACUUCAAUUUUUACGACUUGCAAUACGAUUUGGUUUUCCAAAACUUGAAGCUUGCACAAUUGCACGUGUUGUUGCAAUAUUUCCUGAUACAUACUCUUUACAUUUAAAUGUUGAUGAACAACCAAAAAUCAUUGAUGAAAUGAUUCAAGCUCGUUAUGAUUACGAAAUGUAUUUGGAGCAUGACGACUGGAUGAAUUGUACCGUACCGCAGCUUUCACCUUUGGAACGAAUUGAACUGUUAAAAGCUAAGUGCAAACAGGUGUAUAAAUGGAUUGGCCAAGGUUUGAUGUCUGACAUACCGGAACCCAGUCCACCACCAAUGUUUCUCGAACAGAACCUUUUCCAAGCUUCACCAAUAUUACGAUCAUUAUUUACCUAUGAUGCUAUGGAAGAGUUAGAAUAA